AUAAGAUAAUCUAUCAGAACCACAACUUCAUCAUGUUUGCAUCCGUGCUUCUCCUCUUGGCUGCUGUUUUGCUCCUCCUGUUCCUUUUUCAGAACCACAGGCCCAAAAAUUUCCCUCCGGGCCCUCGACCCUUACCCCUAUUGGGAAAUGUGCUGCAGCUGAAUCUGGAAAGCCCUCUUGCAGAUCUGGAGAGGCUGGCAAAUCGCUAUGGGAACGUUUACAGCAUUUUCAUUGGGGCCAAUCCAGCGGUCGUCCUCAAUGGUCUGCAGGCCAUAAAAGAAGCCCUGGUGACCAAAGCUGCUGACUUUGCUGGCAGACCACAAGACCAAAUGGUUAAUCGUGCUAUCCGAGUGAAAGCUCAUGCUCCUGGAGUAGUUCUAGCAGAUUAUAACCCUGGCUGGAGAGAGCAACGACGCUUCGGUCUGAUGACCCUGAGAAACUUUGGCAUGGGGAAACAAUCCAUGGAGCAGAGGAUUCAGGGAGAGAUACAUCACAUCAUUAAUGUGUUGGAGCAGAAUGUUGUUACAGGUAAGACUUUGAAUCCCCACCUGCUGUUCCACAACGCAGCGUCCAACGUCAUGUGCCAAGUUCUGUUCGCCCGGCAGUUCGACUAUGACGAUGAGUUCAUGAAGUUUUUUGUUGGCCUGUUUCAAGAGACCUCCAAAAUAAUCAAUGGGCGCUGGGCUAUGAUUUAUGACUCUGUUCCCAUGGUGCGCAGCCUGCCACUGCCCUUCCAGAGAGCCUUUAAGUUGUUUAAGAUGGGACAUGAACGACGUUUGGAGCUGCUGACUGAGAACAAAAAGACCAGAGUUCCUGGUAAACCGCGGCAUUUCAUCGACUGCUACCUGGAUGAAAUGGACAAGAGAGGAGACGAUGGCUCAUCAUUUUCUGAAGACCAGCUUUGUGCAUUUCUUUUGGAUCUUCACUUUGCCGGGACUGACACGACCGCCAACAGCUCGCUCGCCGCCUUCCUCUACCUAAUGAAUUAUCCACAGAUACAGGAGCGCUGUCAGCAGGAAAUAGACAAUGUUCUGGAUGGGAAGGAUGAAGCUAGUUAUGAAGACAGACACCAGAUGCCCUAUGUGCAGGCUGUGAUUCAUGAGAUCCAGAGGAUGGCUGACACUGUUCCUCUCAGUGUUUUCCACUGCACCACUCAAGACACAGAGUUAAUGGGAUACUCCAUACCCAGGGGAACCAUUGUGAUCCCCAACCUGUCCUCGGUGCUGAGUGAGGAGGGACAGUGGAAAUACCCCAAAGAAUUCAACCCUGAAAACUUCCUCAAUGACCAGGGAGAGUUUGUGAAGCCAGAGGCCUUCAUGCCCUUCUCUGCAGGUCCUCGUAUGUGUCUUGGAGAGGGUCUGGCUCGUAUGGAGCUCUUCCUCAUCAUUGUGACUCUGCUGAGGAGGUUCAAAUUCAUCUGGCCUGAGGAUGCAGGAGAACCAGACUACAAACAUGUUUUUGGAACAACCCAAACCCCCAAACCCUAUUUUAUGAGGAUCCAAGACAGAAAAAGUAUCCCAAGACAAAGAUCAUCCUAAAACUGUAAUUGACUUGUUGAAACACAGCAAUGCAAGUAAGUCAACUGACUUUGACUUAGUGAUGUUUUGUCAACUUGAUGUUUAGGACGCAAACAGUGGUCUUGUGGGUGAAAGUUGUGUAUGUUUGUCCCCCAGUCUCCUCCCAACGCUGACUUUGUUACUCUCUUUGUACUACAUCUCUUGACUACUGGAGAACUUUCUCCAAGCAUCCAAUAUUGGCAUCACGAAUCGGUGUACAUUGGAGUUUGCACAUUGCGUCUCAAACAUAUGCUAAAAAGUGUUGUUUAAGAAAGCGUCAGUAUUUGCUGCUUGGGUAGAGACACAGUUAAAAACUCUGGAUUACCGGGGGAUUUAUUGUGGAGUUCUGCCCCCAGGUGGCCAAAAGAAUUGAUGAAUGCAGCUUUAAAGUUGCAAUCAUCAACAUUAUUAUAAUAAACAUGUAUGAAAUGGCAAUGUAAAACCAAUUGACAAUGUAUUCAUCAUGAUGAACCUACAGAAAAUCUACAGCUCCAGUCCUGUUUCACUUUCACAGCUCAUAUUUGGCCAAUGCAUGGCAGCUCUUUUCAGUAAAAAAGCUCUAAAACCCACUGUACACUACAUGCUCAGUAUUAAACAACAGACAUACCAGCUAACUGGUGAGCAUACUAGAGCAUUUAAGAACUAAAGAGACAUUCUCAGGAGUUGGUUGAGACCAAAAAUGAAGCUAAAAAGAGUCAAACAGCAGUCUAACUGCUGCAUGUGUAAAUAAACACCUUUCUGCUAAUAAAUUCACCAUAAUAACAGAUGAUCUGUCAGUGUAUAAUGUAUAUGAUUAUAUGAUUUCUAGUUGCUAAUUAUAGUCACAGUGUAGUUUACAGUUUGUAUUCGGAAUCCUUAAAUGUUCUUUUUUUCACUUGUAAAUGAUCAGACUGACAGUCCCACAGAUGUUAUGAUUAUCAAAAAAGUAUGACUCUGUGUUCCCUUGUUGCUGAUGUACAAUUGUAACUGUAAAAUGAUGUUCUUCUUAUCAUAUAUAUACGUUGUAUACAAAAUAAAGGAUGUCCACAAUGUAAAAUAUUCAUUAUCUGGGGAGCAUUCAUUUAUUUAUUCAAUCCAGCAGUAACAUGGACAUUUUGACCUCAUGGUGGCACUAAAGGAAAGGCAUGGAGUUACGGGAUUCACCGGGAAUCAGUCUAUGGAGACUAGACAUAUUCACAUAACAUUUUAUGAAAAUCCAACCAGUUAUGU